UAAGUCUCCUUCAUGUGCAGUAGUGUGUGUCUGUCAAUCCCAAACUCCUAAUUUAUCCUCUCCCCACCCACCCCCCAACUCCCUUUCCCCUUUGGUAACCAUAAGUUUGUUCUCUUCUUCUGUGACCAUUUCGUCUUUAUGAACGUGGACUCUGGAGCUGGAUGGCCAGCACUCAAACACCAGCUUAUUCAGCCAUGACCUUGGGCAAGUUCGACAGAUGGCUCUGUACCUCAGUUUUCUCAUUUGUAAAAUGGGGAUAAAAAUGUCUGCAUUGCAGAAGCUCAAAUAUGGGAGUUCACAAGUGUUUAAGACAGAGUCUGGCGCUGUAUAAAUGUCCACUCUAAUUACUGCAGCGCUUGCUGUAACACCGACAGUAUUGCUGUUACGCCUAUAGUUGUGCUGCUAUUGUUACUAUACAGGUAUCUCCUGUUAUCCUUCUUGUUGAUGCCCUGCAGUUCCGAUCUAUCCACCUAUUUGCCAGAUGAGUCCCCUAAAGCCCAGGGAGCAUGCCAGGCCAAUGAGCCCAUCCAUUCCUGGCACCCCUGAAGUGGUGGCACACCUGGCACGCCGUUUCUUGUCCCCACAGGUUCGGGGCGCCCGCCCCCCGCUAGGCCAAGUGGAGGGGGUGUCCCCGCCCAAUGGGCCUGGCCAGGGCCCUGCGCCGCCUCAGCGGCGCCCGGGAGCCGAGGGACAACCCGGCGCGCGACGAGGAGGAGGCCGGGCCGGAGCUGUGCCGCAACGGGUGGGCGCCGGCGCCGUCGCCGGUAGGGCGGCGUCGCGGGCGCUUCGUCAAGAAGGACGGGCACUGCAACGUGCGCUUCGUGAACCUGGGCGGCCAGGGCGCCCGCUACCUGAGCGACCUGUUCACCACGUGCGUGGACGUGCGCUGGCGCUGGAUGUGUCUGCUCUUCUCCUGCUCCUUCCUCGCUUCCUGGCUGCUUUUCGGCCUGGCCUUCUGGCUCAUUGCCUCCCUGCACGGCGACCUGGCCGCCCCGCCGCCGCCCGCGCCGUGCUUCUCGCAGGUGGCCAGCUUCCUGGCCGCUUUCCUCUUCGCGCUGGAGACGCAGACGUCAAUCGGCUACGGCGUGCGCAGCGUCACCGAGGAGUGCCCGGCCGCCGUGGCCGCUGUGGUGCUGCAGUGCAUCGCCGGCUGCGUGCUGGACGCCUUUGUCGUGGGCGCCGUCAUGGCCAAGAUGGCCAAGCCCAAGAAGCGCAACGAGACGCUGGUCUUCAGCGAGAACGCCGUCGUGGCGCUGCGCGACCGCCGCCUCUGCCUCAUGUGGCGCGUCGGCAACCUGCGUCGCAGCCACCUCGUCGAAGCCCACGUGCGGGCGCAGCUGCUGCAGCCUCGAGUGACCCCAGAGGGUGAGUACAUACCGCUGGACCACCAGGACGUAGACGUGGGCUUUGAUGGUGGCACCGACCGCAUCUUCCUCGUGUCUCCCAUCACCAUCGUGCACGAGAUCGACUCUGCCAGUCCCCUGUAUGAACUAGGACGGGCUGAGCUGGCCCGGGCUGACUUUGAGCUGGUGGUCAUCCUCGAGGGCAUGGUCGAGGCCACAGCUAUGACCACACAGUGUCGUUCGUCCUACCUCCCUGGUGAGCUGCUUUGGGGCCAUCGUUUUGAGCCAGUCCUCUUCCAGCGUGGCUCCCAGUAUGAGGUCGACUAUCGCCACUUCCAUCGCACUUACGAGGUCCCAGGGACACCUGUCUGCAGCGCCAAGGAACUGGACGAACGGGCUGAGCGGGCUUCCCACAGCCCCAAGUCAAGCUUCCCUGGCUCUCUGGCCGCCUUCUGUUAUGAGAAUGAACUUGCUCUGAGCUGCUGCCAGGAAGAAGAGGAGGAAGAGGAGGCCACGGAGGGGGAUGGGGCAGAGGCAGAAGAUGGAGCUGCCAGCCCCCGAGUACUCACACCAACCUUGGCGCUGACCUUGCCUCCAUGAUGCAAGCUGGCAUCCCUCUAUUUGUACCCCCUUCCCGGUGGUAGCAAGAUGGAGAGAUUGGGUCCUCUCCUGGGAUGGGAACAGGUGUUUUCUGAGACCAGCAGGCCUGCUGGGUAAAGGACUAGGUGGUGAUAUUCUGCCUUGGCUCGCGGACCCACCAUGGACGUACCAGACCUUAAUUCCUCCAAAUUCCGCGCUCCCUCCCAAGACCCCUUUGACAGCCCCAUUCUGGAGUCUCAUCAGAGAUGAGGGAUCCAGAAUGCUGGACCACCCAAGAGGCAAGGACUGGUAAUUCUAGAUUCCUCUAGAUGGCCAGUUUGGUUUGUUAAGCAGGAUCCUGAAACAGUGCUCUAGGCUGCCUCUGGGGGAGGGCGUCAGCUGAUCUCAAGCAGCAACAGAGAUCUAGAAUUUGUUGGUCUGAAUUGACCUAAGAUUCAAGGGACUGUUGCUUCUAGAUUCAGCCAGCCAUGUAGCAAAACAUUUUUUUACUAGACGACCUAAGGAGGGAAAGUUAUGGAAUGCCCCAAGAAGUCAAGACUAUCUUGAUGGACCAAUGACAUGGAAUGUUCACUGCAAGUCAAGAAAAGACCUGGUUCUUCCAAAACAUCCAAGAAUUGAGAUUCUGUGAAUCCAGAUUGACCACAGAGGCAAGCACUGGUGAUUCUCGGGCAGCUUUGAGCCAAGAGUUGGACUACUCCAGAAACUAGAGUUCUCUUUCUAGAAUGCACAAAACAAUGGAGUGUCUGUGGGUCUACCAGAACUAAAGUGGCAGACUGGGAGUUGUUGAUAUUAGCUAACUUUGGACCACUGGCUGUAGAGCAUCAAACUGAGGGAAUGAUCCGUGCUUCUAAAUGAUCCACAGGUUUUGUGUCUUUUAAAAGUGCCAUUCUAGAAUAUCCAAAGGAACCAAGAGUCUGCGGCUCUGGAUUGAUCGGAGUCAAGGAAGCAUGGACGGUUCUAGACGUCUGAGAUUGGCUGGUUCUGGUUUGCCCAGGGCCGUGGUGAAUACGGAUGAGGAUGGAUGACUUCUUGGUGGUUCUGUAAUGCCAAAAGGAAUCGGGGCUCCAGGGAUCCAGAGCUGUCCCUGAUUAAAACCUGGAAGUUCUAAUCCACUUCUAGAACUUGAGCGGUUCUAGCAGGUGGAUUCAGGAUUUGACAGACCACGUUGCUAGGCUGACCUAGAAGGUGAGGACCCCAGAAAGACACUGUGGGGAACAGGGCUAGUUACUGGCAAGGGAAGGGAGAGGCCUGAGGCUGGUGAAUCUACAGUGCUCUGGAAUCUUCCACCUAGUGAUAUGUGUCUAUUUCUUAAAGAUGUUAUACAUAUGUGUAUUAUGUAUAUAAAUAAUAUAAAUAAAGAUAUCUAUCUGU